AUGGCGAAUGAUCGCGCCUCCCAGCGGAGCCGACACCCACCGUCGAACUACGCGAAGAAGUUGGAUGCGUGGGUGGGUGAGGUGUCAGACACCAAAGACUCGGGUAAUCGGGUAUUCAGCCUGACGGGGUCGGCAACCCCAAGUACCGAAGCUGUGGGCGAGUCAGACACGCUAAAAGUACCCGAACAGGUGCCCUGCGCCAUUGUAGGCGAUACGGUUGUCACGGAUGGCGGCGCGUCAGGUGCCGGACCGGUCGACGCCGUGGUCGCCGCUGGAUUUGUGCACGACACGAGAACAUCUGACGUCGCUAUCGUCGAUGGGCAGGGGCCCGGCGCAAAAGUGUCGGACACGUUAGACGUCGCUGGCGGGGUGACUGGCACCGUGGCAUCAGAUGCUGGAACCGCCGAUGAUGGCACCCCAGGGACAAGGACGACGUGCUCUGAAGCCAUCGCUGGGUUGCUUGGUGGACGGAUAUCUGAUAUCGCCGGAGUAGGCAUCGAGCCAUGUACUGACGCUAGUGGGAUGUCAGACGCAACAUCGUUCACGGACGGAAAGCGCGCCAUGGCGUUGAACCACCCACUGCAAAACGUCUGGUGGGAGUCUGUGGAGCGAAUGGGUGUGGGAACACCUGGGGAACGCCCAGUCCUUGGCUACCUGUCGGCUGGGACUGUCGACGAUUCUUGGAACGAGGCUGCGCCGGGCGCUGGGAAUCACGUGAUCCGCUUUGAGAACACGUCGCGCACGGGGCUCCAGAUCCCGGCUCGGUACACGGUGAAGAAUAUCAUCAAAGAGAUCGCCAAAUACUGCCUGGAACAAGUUGCACAUGGCGUUGAUCACUUGCGGAGGCGCCGUGUGUGGGACGUUGUUGACAGCGUCGCCUACGUGGUGGAGCUGAUCCGCUCGGCGAAUCUGGGCAAGAGGAGCUGGGUCAGGCCCACGCCAUUAGGUGUCGUCAUGGAUGACAGCUCUGCCCUGGGCAAACACUGGCCCCAGUUGGGCGGCAACCUGUCGGAGAGCGACCGCGUAAUCGCGAUCGGCGUUGCUCUGAGCACCGGUUGGGAGACCGAGACCGGGAGCGACGAUGCAUACGGCGGUGGCGGCUCCGAGAUCGAGAUCGACUACGGAAGCGCCGGUCAGGCGCUCGGCACGGCGAGCGUGAGUGCGAGCGCGAACGCGAAUGCGAGCGCGAACGUGAGCGCGAUCGCGAGGUUCGAGAGCGAGACGGCCUCCGACUGGAUCGGGAUCGUAAACGAUUGUAGCCACGCGGGCGGUGGUCACCAGCACGCUGAGCACAAAGGCCCUCGCGGGACGACGGGUUGA